AUGGUUGUGUUGGAGAUGAUUUUGGGAUUUAAUUGGUUGUCAAAGAAUCGGGUUUUGUUGGGUUGCUUUGAGCGGUCAAUUCAGUUUAUGCCAGAAGGAGAAAAUAGGGCAGUGAUAGCUGAGGUGUAUUACCUGAACUCUGUGAUGGUGUACUGUAGUGGGGAAGAGUGUCAGGGUUAUAUCUUGUUGACUGCUAAUGCUUUGGGUGAUGCCCAAAACUUAGGUCAAAUCCCGAUAGUUAGAGACUUUCCGGAAGUGUUACCAGAAGAUAUUCCUGAGUUCCCACCUCAAAGGGAGAUUGAAUUUGCGAUUGAAUUGGUGCUGAGAGCCAGACCAGUGUCGAUUGUGCCGUAUAAAAUGGUUCCGAUAGAGCUAGAUGAAUUAAAGACUUAG